ACUGCACAGGCACAGAGCACUCCAGCACUACAGUGUAGCUAGUCUGGAUACAUUGUAGUUGUGGAGGUGGGCUCUGCUCACUCACUAGCACCAACACAGCCCUGGAGCCGCUUUCCCAGCUUCACCAUGAAUCUCUCCAAACUCCUGUGGAUGUUGACUUCACUUUAUUUUCCCUGUGGAUGUGAUAUUGCUGCAGGACCUGUCCAAGGGCCUGAUACUAGGAUAUGGAGGAAAGUGGAUCUGAGACCUGGGGCUGGAACUCGCGUUGUUCGGUCUACGAAGACUAUAAUGGCUGCUCAACAUGGGACACCAUUAACCUACACGCCAACACCAGCAGGAGAAACGCAAGUUGUAACCAAGAUUGACGAUUCUCCAUUUGUGAAGAAAAUUCAUGAGGAUAUCAGGUUUAAGCCUACAGCAGAGAACAUUGUCAAAUCUCAGGGCAGUGAUAUAAGCUUCAACUGUUCACUUAGUGCACCCAACUCAUACCACGAUUUCCGUAUUGAGUGGCUGAAGGACGGGAAGGUGCUGAUUGACGGUAAACGCUUCUUUCUCAGGGAACUUACCAUUCCUGGAGGUGACGGAAAGACCACAGUUUUAAACAGUUGCAGCAUCUCCAACAUACAGCGUUCUGAUGCUGGAGCUUACAACUGUAGGGUACAGAUUGCUCGUGUAUUUAUUGAAUCAGAAAAAAUCUUACUUCAAGUAGAAGGGUUGCCAACUUUUGUUCAAGAACCAGAACAACAAAACGUUACCAGAAAUGAACCCUUUACUCUUGUCUGCGAGGCUGUCGGACCACCAUAUCCCGUGCACAUUUAUUGGUCUCAGAAUGGCAAUAGGAUCAAAGACAAGGAGGACCCUUCUCCUUCCACCCUGAUUCUCCCAGGAAUUAGUGAGCGAACAAGAUUUAGUUGUGAAGCUCGCAAUGAAAAAGGAGUGGCCGUUUCAAAGGAAAUACAAGUUAACAUCAAGGAGGCUCCAUUAGCACCAAUUGAACUACAGGUUAAGAAUCAAACCGCCAAUGUUAUCACGAUUUCCUGGGCAUCAGGUUUUGAUGGAUAUUCCCCUCUUAGCAUUUGCCAAGUCCAAGUUGAGAAAAUUACAGGCAAAAACGAUGGGGAAGGAUCAGCGAACAACUAUUCUGUUACUGUACCACCAUACGAAUACAGCAUUGCUCACUUACAGGCUUUGACUUCUUACAACAUUUGUGUUUCUUGUAAGAACGAAGUAGGAUGGUCCGACUACUGCUCUCGGGUCCAGGCCAGCACAACAGAAGGAGUCCCAAUGGCCCCACCUCAGAAUGUCAGUGUGCUGGUGAAUGACUCCUGCUUGACCAUUCAAUGGAUUGGACCUCCGGAUGAGGAAGUUAAUGGCAUCCUGUUGGGCUACAAGUUAAACUAUCGAUGGGAAGGUGGCAUUUCCCCUCUGACAAAAUCACUUAAACGAAGCAAGAAUGGGACAGAUCAGCAAGACAGCAUUCUGAUCGUGGCAACAAAUGUCACAUACACCAUACAAGUGGCAGCGUUUACUGGUGCGGGAAUAGGGCCUUACAGUCAUCCUGUGGAGGUGUUUGUUACCAACAAUGGUGGGCUAAUUGUUGCACCUUUCUCAACCUCUUCUGCAGUGAAGCGAGGUGCCAACUACUCACUAAUAGCAUUAAUUGGAAUAAUAUGCACCAUCAUCAUAAUCCUGAUUAUACUCUUCACAUCUGUCACUCUCCGAAAGCGACUGAAAGAGUUGGAGUUUGGCAAUGCAUUCAGCGAUGGAGAAGAGGUCGAACCAACAGUCCACUACAGAGUGAAACAUAGCUAUUCACGGAGAAUAUUCGAGAUCACAUUGGAUAAUUUGGGAAUCAGUAAGGAGCUGAAAGAGAAGUUGCAUGAUGUGAUGACUGACAGGAAUCUAUUAAGUCUGGGCAAGGUUCUGGGAGAAGGAGAGUUUGGCUCUGUUAUGGAGGGACAGUUUAAACAGGCAGAUGACACGAGUCUCAAAGUAGCUGUUAAAACCAUGAAAUUGGAUAAUUUCUCACAGAGGGAGAUAGAAGAGUUCCUGAGUGAGGCGGCUUGCAUGAAAGAUUUCGAUCAUCCAAAUGUUAUUAAACUAUUAGGUGUGUGCCUGGAGUUGAGCUCCAGAGAGCAGAUAGCAAAACCAAUGGUCAUUCUGCCUUUCAUGAAGCAUGGCGACUUGCACAGCUUCCUGCUGCGCUCACGGCUUGCUGAAAAUACUGAAUAUCUGCCGCUGCAGACGUUGCUGAAAUUCAUGAUGGACAUCACCACAGGGAUGGAAUACCUGAGUAACAGGAAUUUUCUGCACAGGGAUCUGGCAGCUAGAAACUGCAUGUUGCGAACUGAUAUGACAGUCUGUGUGGCUGAUUUUGGUUUAUCCAAGAAGAUAUACAGUGGGGACUAUUACAGACAGGGUCGGAUUGCUAAAAUGCCUGUAAAGUGGAUUGCUCUUGAGAGUCUGGCUGAUCGAGUCUUCACUGUUAAAAGCGACGUGUGGGCGUUUGGUGUUACCAUGUGGGAGAUAAUAACCCGAGGGAUGACGCCAUACCCUGGAGUGCAGAAUCAUGAGAUUUAUGACUACCUGUUUGAAGGUAACAGACUGAAACAGCCUUCGGACUGCCUGGAUGAACUGUAUGAGAUUAUGUACUCGUGUUGGCGUAGUGAUCCUGCAGAUAGGCCCACGUUUGCUAAUUUAGGAACAUUUCUCAACAAACUUUUGGAGAGUUUGCCUGAAGUCCGAGGCAAGGAAGACAUCAUCUAUGUUAAUACAGGUAUAUUAGAGGGACAGGGGAAUAUGACUCAAGAUCCUGAACUCACUCAAUUUGAUUUGCAUGAAUCUAAUGAAGCAGCAUCAAGCAGUCUUGGACCUACGGAAAGUACAAUCACUGUGGAAAUCCAUGAAACCGUGAACAAUCAAGACCGAUAUGUGAUAUCUGGGGUGUCUGAGGAGCAGUUAAACACUGUGGAUAUAGAAACACACUUGUUGCAUCACAUUACUCAGAAUAAUGGAGCCAUGCUACCUCACAGCGAGCCCCUAAACAGGGAUGUCCCUUAUGCCGAUGAUUCAUCAGAGGACUCGAUUAUCAUGGUAUGAAGGAAAAAAUAAAUUGCCAAUAAACUUUGUCAGAACUGAAACAAAGUUGCUCUUAGAAGAUGAACUUACAAGAUGUGCGGCCUCUUUAAAACUGCCAAAUGCAAAUGUGCAUUCCUACCUAUUUACAAUCAUCGGCCCCUGACACUGUGAUGAGGUCCACAAGCAAACAUUUAACUCGCUGGCAAUUAAUCAGGCAACGAGAAUUUCACCAUGUUUAGAUGCUGGUGAUAAAUGAAGGAUAACGUCAAGACUUAUUUGUGUGUGUGUGUAUGUACAUGUUUCCUCGUUCUGUGAGGAAAUUGCGGGCAUUAAGAUGAUAGAACGCGCUAACAGGUGUAGAUAAUUGUGUUUUCCGUUGUAUACUUGGAGCUAUGUGAAUACCUUUUUUUUUAAAAUUCCCAUGUGGUCUUCUGAUCCACUCGCUUUGAUUAAAACUAGAAAAAUAUUUUUAAAAAUCCACAGUCACUUUGUAUUAAAUGUUUAAA